AUGAGGCUGCGUGGGUUUCUCUUCCAUUUACACCUCCAGCUCGGCCUCGGUGCUUAUGUUCAAUGGAAGCUGUGCGAUGACUUCUCGGGCUCGACGACAACGUGGGAGUCUGCGGGCUUGCAUGCCUACCUCGAGCCAAAUGGGUCGGCAACGCAGGUGACGUUGAGUCUCCAUGAUUACGCAGACCUCCCAGAGUGCAGCAAUGGCUCCGACAUCACGAGCGCGACCCUCGACAUUACGCUGUUGGGUCUCUCGAAGCGCUCAUACACGCCCGCUCUUGACGGGCCCUGCGCUGUAGGCUCGUCCUCUAUAGCUAAUCAGAGUUCCGACGUCGACUUUGUACAAGCGCUGUCCUUAUCGCAGACUAUUGACGGCCUGUACCCCCUGUCGUCGUUUCAGCUCGAGCUUCAUCUGUACAAUUCCACCACUGAGCCCGCCUGCAUCUCGGCCAUCAUCACCCCAGAAAUCCCUAGCAGCACGUACAAUGCUCUCGUCUUCGGGCCGCUCGCCGUUCUGCUGGUCAUCCUUGUGAUAAGUUACUGCCGGAGACUCUUUGAAGAACCCUACGUGCCUGAAGAAGAUGGCAGCAUCCGAUUAGCUGACCACGACCCACCCGUGGUCAACGGUAUCGGCAAUUGUCUUCAGCAUCUGCAGUUUGCCUUUCUGACUGCAUGUCUGAAUUUCUCCUAUCCUGGAUUUUUCCAACCGGCUCUCAGUUCUCUCAACUGGCUGUCCUUGUUCAGCAGCUCCAACGGUUUCCUAGGAGGCUAUUCAUAUUCUGGCGUCGAGGAUGGCAUUUAUGUGACCAAUGGAACCUAUGGUGGAACUUAUGGCAUGGAGCACAUGGUCCAGGUCUUGGGUGCGCCCAUGACCAUGGAGAUAUGGAUCAAUAUGUUGAUUAUUGUUCUGAUUCUGCUUGCUAUAGCUGCCAUUCUGGUUCUCAUUCACCGGAUCAUCACUGGGCAACUACAACUCCCAAGGGAGCAUCAAACAUCGAGCACUACCCAGGAGGUCAUCAAGGAUACAUUGCGAAUGGUGCUGACCUAUUUCAUGGUACCUGUCAUUGCGAUAUCUUCAUAUCAGCUUGAUCAUGUCGGAGAGCUUCCGUCAUACUUCAUAUCACUGGCAGUCUUGCUUAUUGUCAUCAUUGGGACAGCGUAUGUGUGGUUGUUCCAGACUACAUCGACUGCUCGCCUUGCGACGCUCAUAUUUCCCGUACCACAACACACUCAAGAGACCGAAUCCCAACGGCGGGACCUGCGCGUAUUGGUGCUAGUACACUUCACGUUAACGUUUGUCCGGGGCAUUGCGAUCGGCGGCCUGCAAAUAUCCGGCGCCUCCCAACUUGCGAUUCUUAUGGGUUGCGAAAUAGCCUUCCUAUUCUCGAUUCUUAUGCUACUGCCGAGCAUAAUGUUCUCAGGCUUGACGAUGUGCUCGGUCGGCCGAUUCGCUGUCCUCUCGCUAAUGAUUACCUACCUUGCACCUUCGUCUUCGGCUGCCAAGAGCAUUGCAUCCUAUACCAUACUUGCUCUGGAACUUUUCAUAUUGAUUGUGCCAAUCUUGUUACUGGAGCUGUGGGGGUUUACCAACAUGUUGCUCUCCCGCCGCAAAGCUUCAGGCCAAGCACCGGUUUACAAUUUACGACGACUUCAGCGACGCAGUUACCAUUUGAGACAACUUCCGCAACGGCCUAAUGCUAGAGACUAUGUACCGAUCUGCGUGAACUGCGGUUUGGAUCCUUCGAUCAAAUCAGAGACCUCUGGCACGUUGCGUCCGCCUAGCAUCGCAGAUAGUCGCGCGAGUACCCUGAGAUAUCCGAGAACGGCAUCGCGUGCACUCAGCGAGAGUUCACGACACCUUUCAUUGUCUUCUCGGGAUCUGUCGCCUUCUGCCUAUGAAUCCUUGUCCACUUCGGGAAAGGGUAAUCACACGGAGGUUUCAGAUGGAUUUGCUACAUACGACGAUUUCCGCAGUCAGAGAGUAGCGUCGAGGGGAUCAUAUCAAUCACUGGCAUCGGCUGAUAUAACACCUGCUCCAGGAGUCGACUACUCUGUGCGGGAAAUGGAUUCAUUCUACCGCGAGCCGAGGGAGCGAAACUUUGGCGACGCGCCACCAGAGACUGUAGGGAGCCGGCUGAUGGGAGGUCUCGACUCAGUCACAAGCUGGUGGAAAAGACCACGGAAAUGA